GUGCGCUCAUGGCCGGUUCCUAGUUAGCCGAGUGGAGGCGUAGCGUGCCGCUGUCUUGGAAGGGAGUAGGACGACUGAUGGCUGCUGCGGGUGUCGGGGCACCCGAGCGGGUGUUGCCGACUUCACCUAAUUGGUACUGCAGCCGCUGCAGUGACGCCUCGGCGGAUGGGAGCCUUCUCGGUUUCGCGGCUCGCAAUAACAUUUGUCUCCUGGUGGUCCGUUCCGGCGUGCCAGCAUUCCACGGUGAGCUAGUGGGCCACACUGAGAGGGUUUCUGGUUUCUCGUUUUGUCACUACCCUGGUCAGAGCAACUACUGUGCCAGCAGCUCUGAUGAUGGAGCUGUGAAAAUCUGGGAUUUGCAGACAUUUGCUACUGUAACGGAACAUACGCUGCAUCAGAAUACAAUUUCUGCAUUGCACUGGUCACCCGAGGUGAAAGAUUUAGUUGUGUCUGGUGAUGAGAAGGGAAUAGUAAUUUGCUACUGGUACAAUAGAAGUGACAGUCAGAAAUUCUUUCCAGAACCCAGGACUAUAUUUUGUCUCACUUGUUCUCCACACCAUGAGAACUUGGUGGCCAUUGGCUAUAAAGAUGGGAUCGUGGUUAUAAUUGACAUCAGCAGGAAGGGAGAAGUUGUCCAUCGCCUGAGAGGCCACGAUGAUGAAAUACACUCCCUGGCCUGGAGCCCUGUACUUGGUGAGGAAGGUCUGACCAGCCGGCCAGAAGAGGGUCAAGAGGAUGCUGUUAACGGAUGUCUACUGGAAGAGGCAGCGGCAGUAACAAAAGGCUGUUACUUGGCUUCAGGAAGCAAAGAUCAGACCAUCCGUGUUUGGAGCUAUACUCGAAGCAGAGCUGUGAUGACUCUGAAGCUGCCCUUUUUAAAAAGGAGAGGUGGAAGUAUUGAGUCUGCUGUCAAGGAGCGCCUUUGGUUGACUGUGCACUGGCCCCGAACCCAGCCCACACAGAUCUUCUCCAGCUGCUUUGGAGGUGAACUGCUGCAGUGGGAUUUAGCCCAACCUGGAAAACGGAAGUGGGUGAUUCUAGGAUCUUCCUCUGAAGGACAAAACCACUCUAGAAUAGUGUUCAACUUGUGCUCUCUGCAGUCAGAAGGCAGAGAGCUACUUCUCUCUAUUUCAAUGGAUAGAGAUGUGAAGUGUUGGGACCUGGCAACUUUAAACUGCUGUUGGACGAUGCCAACUCUUGGGGGCUUCGUUUAUAGCCUGGCGUUCUCCCCAGUGGACACAGGCUGCCUCGCUAUAGGUGUUGGAGACAGCAUGAUACGGGUGUGGAACACCUUGUCACUAAGCAAUCACUAUGAUGUGAAAACCUUCUGGCAGGGCAUUAAAUCCAAGGUCACUGCUUUGUCCUGGCAUCCGACUAAGGAAGGCUGUUUAGCUUUUGGGACAGACGAUGGGAAAGUUGGCAUGUAUAACACUUAUUCUAGCAAGCCCCCGCAGAUCUCCAGUUCCUACCACAAGAAAACUGUGUAUACGUUAGCCUGGGGACCUCCUGUUCCUCCAUUGUCCUUUGGAGGCGAUGGUGACAGACCUUCGGUAACCUUGUAUAGCUGUGCAGGAGAGGGAGUCAUCUUCCAGCACAAUCCUUGGAAACUGAAUGGGGAAGCCCAUGACAUCAACAAAGUUAUCCGAGAAACAAAUUCAAUCAAACACAAAUUACCAGCUCACACAGAAAUCAGCUGGAAACCAGAUGGCAGUAUCUUGGCUAUUGGUAAUGAAGAUGGAUCAAUUGAAAUAUUUCAAGCUCCUGAACUGAAAUUGCUGUGCACCAUCCAGCAACACCACAAACUCAUCAAUGCUAUCCGUUGGCACCAUGAUCAUGCUGCACAGCCAGAACUGAGUUACAUGAUAGCCUCUGGCUCAAACAAUGCUCUUAUUUAUGUGCAUAACAUCAAGAAUGUCAUAGAGAACUCUCCAGAGAGUCCUGUGACAAUAACAGAGCCCUUCCAUACUCUGGCGGGGCAUACAGCUAAGAUCACUAGUUUGUCCUGGAGUCCACAUCAUGACGCACGACUCGUCUCUGUUUCUUAUGAUGGCACUGCUGAGGUUUGGGAUGUUCUAAAGGAAGAGCCUUUGCACAAUUACAGGGGACACCGAGGGCGCUUGCUGUGUGUGCAGUGGUCACCUGUGGAAGCAGACUGCGUUUAUACUGGAGCCGAUGACUUCUGUGUUCAUAAAUGGGUGCCUGCAAAGCAGGAAUACAGCUGCCCUCCCCAAGGUAAGAAGAACAUUGAGCUGGAGAAAAAGAGAAGCUUGGCGCUCAAACUGAAAGCCAAGAAGAAGAAAAAGCCAUUGGGGAAGGUACCUUCAGCUCCCGACAUGUCAGUGAAUGGUGGCGAGGAUGCCACAGAGACUCCAUUAGAAGAGAAUGGGCUGUCGGACCGAGAGGGAGAAAAGGGACAAGAGGAGCCAGCUGAGAGGCCUUCCACGGAAGUCCACAAGGAUUCCCCUGCGUUCCCACCACUCGCUUGCCCACCAGACAUUCCAAAGCCUCCGGUGAGCUUUAGAACCCCUCCUGUGCGGAAGGAUCAUAUCAAGACAGGGUCAGAUUCUUCCAUGAAGAGGAAAAAGCCACGCCCCAUCCUGCCUCUCAGCACAUCUAGGGACCACAGAUUGAAAGAGGAACUGCACCAGGACUGUAUGAGGCUAGCAGCUUGCUUGCACUCCAAAGAUCAGGAGGAGGAUUUGCCUUCUCAUUCAGCGGACCAUGUCCACUUGGGGCUGUUCACCAAUAGACCUACAUUAUACAGACUGAUGGAGGCAGAAGGAAAAAGCCAUUUAGAGAACGGACACCCAGAGUUAUUUCAACAGCUUAUGGUCUGGAAAGGAGAUCUGAAGGGCGCUCUCCAGUCAGCAGCAGAAAGGGCAGAGCUGACGGACCAGCUGGUGGCUCUCUCACCAAUGGCUGGCUAUCAAGCCUGGGUGUGGACUGUGGAAGCCUUUGCAAAGCAGCUGUGCUUUCAGGAGCAAUACGUCAAGGCUGCCUCCCACCUCCUCUCUCUCCACAAAGUCUGCGAAGCUGUGGAGCUGCUGAAGUCACAUGGUUUUUUCAGGGAAGCCAUUGCAAUUGCCAAGGCUAGGCUGCGUCCUGAAGACCCAGUUCUGAAAGAUCUCUACACCAGCUGGGCAGCAGUACUGGAAAAGGAUGGCCAUUAUUUCUUGGCAGCCAAAUGUUACCUGGGAGCUGCUUCUCCCUAUGAUGCAGCCAAAGUGCUGUCUAAAAAGGGAGACCCCGCAUCUCUAAAAGCUGCUGCUGAGCUGGCUUUGAUAGCUGGACAGAAGGACCUGUCGGUGACUUUUUCCUUCCGGUGUGCCCAGGAGCUUUUGUCUGCCAAGAAUUGGGUUGGGGCACAGGAAGUUCUCCAGCAGCAUGAGAGCUUGUUGGGACACAGAUUGGUGUUCUGUCUUAAUGAACUGCUUCACAAAUGCCUUCAUGAAAGGAGUCCAGUGCAAAACAGAAGUCCAUCCAUACCUUGCUACCACAGCUGGGUAGUGAGACAAGACUGCUCUUUCAUAGAAAUGGUGACCACUGUAUGGGAGAGCAUAUUUGGUGUGCGUACUGCUGAACAAGCACAGAACGUGUUUGAACAGCUACAGACUAUUCCGUAUCCUCAUGCUACAAGCAACACUCCUCCCCAGCAGCUCCUGUUCUACGUAUCCCAUGAACUGACCCUGGCGCUCCUGAGUCAUCAGACUGCUUCCUGGGAAGAGGCAGUGAAAGCCAUUCUUGGAGCUGUGUCCCAGAGCUAUGAUGGUGGGAAUUUUACUCUUAUGCAAGAGAUUUGCAACAUCAUCCUUCCUAGAGGCUGUGAUUAUCUGAGAGAAAAGCUAGACAGCUCAGAUAUGCAGAGCUUGUCAGCAUACAGGAGUUUACAGGCGUUUGUGGCUUAUGGGCAAUUAUACAAUCUGUGGUGGAGCCUCCCUGUUGAUUCCCUGGCCUCAGAACACCCAAGGCUUACCUCUGAGGUGUGCGGUAAUGAGCCGUCCACUCUCUGUGGCCAGAGCAACUGUGCAAGUGCCUCUAACCCUGCAGAAGGUAUACAUGACACUGAAGCCAGGCCUGGAAAAUUAUUUCCCAAAAGGGACAAUAAUGGUACUAGUUCAGAAACAGACUCUUCAAACAACUCAAGCCAAUUAAAGGAGAGACAAGCACUGAGCAGCUGUGGAGUGCUGCUUUCAGAAGAACACGCUGCAGUCCAAAGUGCGCAGAGGGAUAUCUCAAGAGUUCAGCAGACUUUGGCAGACAUGAUCCACCAGCAUCGGAAAGACACACUUCAGCAGAGCACCACUGAUGAGCAGGGUUUGGUGGAAACACAGCUUUCCCUUCCGAGUCUGAGUCAAAAUACAAAUGAAGCCAGUGAACCAGUUUCUUUGCCAGACCUUACAAAACAACUCACAGAAGCAAAUCAGAAACUAGCAGAGUUUCCAGCUAGUAUAAAGGAUUUGCCAUUCCCCGAUGUCCUCGAGUGCUGCCUGGUCAUGCUUCAUGUGGGAGCCCAGUGGGCAGUAGAUCUGGACCCAGAGCUAGAGGAGCAGUGCUUGCAUCUACUUCAGAAAUAUAAAGGAACUGGCAUAUAUAAAAAGGCUUGUAGGAAGUUCUUCACAUGAAUCUCCUGUUCCUAUCAAGCAACUUUUUUUGUCCUUGAUGGUGAGGGACUAGUUUUGGAUAUUACUUUGUUUCAUGCUAGAAUGAAUGAAUAAACUCAAGUAGCUAUUGUUACACAGUCACAUUCGUCAGUAAUAAUGAUUUUGUGGUUCUUUACUAAAAGCCCCCACACCUUUUUCAAUAUUGUAAAACUUUUUAUACUGUAAGGAAAAUACAGAGAGGGAGCCGUACAGUAUUUUUGUGCCCAGUCAUCACACCCUUUGAGCUGCAGAAGCCUGUGGAUGACAA